GUGCCCUCUCAGCUCCGAUCCUUAGCCAUCAUCGUCGUCUCCCUUCUUCGAUCGUCUGGCUGAAGCUGCGAGAGGAGGAUAUAAAUCAUCGAUCAUGGUGACGCUGAGCAGCUCGGCACCGCCGCCGCCGGUGCCGCCCAUCCGGUCGGUGAACCUCGGCGGCUGGCUCGUGACAGAGGGCUGGAUGCUGCCCUCCCUCUUCGACGGCAUCCCCAACAACGACCUCCUCGAUGGAACCCAGCUCCAGUUUAAGUCGGCGGUCCACAACACGUACCUGACCGCCGAGCAUGGCGGCGGCGGCAGCGCCGUCGCGGCGAACCGUGCGACUGCGUCCGACUGGGAGACCUUCAGGCUAUGGAGGAUCGACGAGAACACGUUCAACCUCAAGGCAUUCGACGACGACGACGACGCCGCGGUGCGCUUCGUCGGCGUCGACGGCAAUGGCGAGCUCGUCGCGACGGCGGCCGUGCCGCCGGGGCCAUCGGAGACGUUCAAGAUCGUGCGCAGCUACCGUGACAAGAGCAGGGUCCGCAUCAGAGCGCCCAACGGAAAAUUCUUGCAGGCGAAGACGAUGGAUUCAGUGACUGCAGACCAUGACGAGAGCACAACCUGGGGCGACGAUGAUCCUUCAGUGUUUGUGAUGAACAAGGUGUAUGCACUACAAGGAGAGUAUCAGCUGUGCAACGGGUAUGGCAGGGAGAGGGCAACGGAGGUGCUCAGGGAACACUGGAGCACAUACAUAGUUGAGAGCGACUUCAAGUUUAUCUCAUCAAACGGGCUAAAUGCUGUUAGAAUCCCAGUUGGAUGGUGGAUCGCCAGUGACCCAAACCCCCCUGCACCUUUUGUGGGUGGAUCUCUAGAAGCAUUGGAUAGUGCAUUUAUAUGGGCAGAGAAGUACAAUUUAGGUGUCAUCGUGGAUUUGCAUGCUGCACCUGGAUCACAGAAUUCAGGGGAACACAGUGGUAGUAGAGAUGGUUCGCAAGCAUGGGGCACAACUGAUGAAAGCAUCACCCAAACCGUACAAGUGAUUGACUUCCUUGCAUCCAGAUACGCCAAUAGCCCAAGUCUGCUAGCUGUAGAACUACUAAACGAACCAUGGGGAACAAAAAUAUCGGCAAUAACACUAAAGAAAUACUACCAAGAUGGGUACAAUGCCGUGCGGAGGCAUACAUCAAAUGCAUAUGUGAUCAUGUGUAAUCCAUUGGCUGUAGACUUCUCAACUCAGUUUGAGAUUCUCCAGUUUGCCAGUGAGUUCUAUGGUGUUGUGUUUGACAUCCACUACUAUAACAUGUAUAGCAGCAUAUUUGAUGACAAAACAGCGGAAUGGAAUAUACAAUAUGUGACAAACGAUCGUUCCACUGAGCUCAGCACCUUCACAAAGAAGAAUGGACCUCUCACAUAUGUAGGGGAAUGGUCGGCUGAGUGGAAUGUGCUUGGUGCAUCCGAGGAAGAUUACAAGAGGUUUGCGCAGGCACAAUUGGAAGUGUACAGCCAAGCUACAUUUGGAUGGGCCUUUUGGAGCUUUAAGCAUGUCCAGAACCAUUGGAGCUUGGAGUGGAUGAUCAAGAAUGGUUACAUCUCACUAAAUCCACCUAAGUUGCCCAUCCGAGCAGUGAACCUUGGCGGCUGGCUCGUGACUGAGGGCUGGAUUCAACCGUCCCUCUUUGAUGGCAUUUCCAACAAAGAUCUCCUGGAUGGCACCCAGCUCCAAUUCAAAUCGGUCACCAACAAUAUGUACCUUGCCGCUGAGCAGGGCGGUGGCAGUGCAAUUGUUGCCAACCGGGACAAAGCGUUUGGGUGGGAGACCUUCAAACUGUGGAGGAUCAAUGAGACUAUAUUCAAUUUCAGGGUUUAUAACAACCUGUUUGUGAGCAUUGAUGGCAAUGGCACAGUGAUUGCAACAGCAACUGUGGCAGGGCCAAAUGAAACAUUUCAGAUCAUGCGCUCUGGAAGCGACACAAAUAGGGUGCGCAUAAGGGCAUCCAAUGGGAAAUUCUUGCAGGUGAAGGCCAUGGAUUCAGUGAUAGCAGACCAUGGUGAUAGCACAAAUUGGGGAAAUGAUGACCCAUCAGUCUUUCUUGUAAAUAAUAUUUAUGGCUUGCAAGGGGAAUAUCAGAUUUGCAAUGGCUAUGGUGCAGCCAAGGCCACACAGGUUCUCAGGGAGCACUGGAGCACAUUUAUUGUUGAGAAUGACUUCAGGUUCAUCUCAUCAAACGGGCUAAAUGCAGUGAGAAUCCCAGUUGGAUGGUGGAUUGCCAGCGACCCUGACCCACCUGCUCCUUUUGUUGGUGGAUCUCUUCAAGCCUUGGAUAAUGCAUUUAAAUGGGCAGAGAAGUACAACAUAGGUAUCAUUGUGGGCUUGCAUGCGGCACCAGGGUCUCAAAAUGGGUGGGAGCACGGUGCCACCAGGGAUGGCUCAUUGGAGUGGGGCACCACUGCUGCAAACAUAACCCAAACAGUGGAAGUCAUAGAUUUCCUUGCAUCCAGAUAUGCCAAGCGUGCCAGCCUUCUAGCUAUAGAAUUACUCAAUGAACCACUGGCCCCAAAAGUAUCCUUGGCUACAUUAACAAAAUACUAUCAAGAGGCCUACAAUGUUGUACGGAAAUACACUUUGCAAGCCUAUGUCAUCCUACAAAAUCGAGCGUAUGGGGAUUCAAUGGAGAUUCUCUCAUUCGCCAACAGUCUCUUUGGUGCGGUUAUUGACGUGCAUUACUACAACCUGUACGACAGCAUCUUUGACAACUUCACUGUGGAGCAGAACAUCAACUUUGUAAGGAAUAACCGUUCAUCAGAAUUGAGCACUGUAACAAAGCAGAAUGGCCCUCUUACAUUUGUCGGAGAAUGGGUGGCUGAGUGGUACGUGGAUAAUGCAUCUAAGGAAGACUACCAACGGUUUGCGCAAGUGCAGCUAGACCUGUAUGGGGGAGCUAGCUUUGGAUGGUCAUACUGGUCCUUCAAGCAUGUUGAGAACCACUGGAGCAUGGAGUGGAUGAUCAAGAAUGGAUUCAUCUCCCUCGAGAAGUUGCCUCCAUCGACACCACCCAUCCGGUCAGUGAACCUUGGUGGGUGGCUUGUCACGGAGGGCUGGAUGCUACCGUCGCUAUUUGACGGCAUACCCAACAAUGACCUCCUGGAUGGCACCGUUCUCCAUUUUAAGUCGGUGAUCCAGGACAAGUUCAUCGCAGCCGAAGAGGGUGGGGGCAGCACCAUUGUUGCCAACCGAGCAGUGGCCUCUGAUUGGGAGAGCUUCACACUGUGGAGGAUAAAUGAGACAACAUUCAAUCUAAGGGUGUUCAAAAAGUACUUUGUGGGCAUUAACAGCAACGGUAUAGUCAAGGCAAUGGCGACUGCACCAGGCCGAUCAGAGGCAUUCCACAUUGUGCGCAGUGACAUCGACAAGAAUAGGGUGCGCAUUAGGGCAUCAAAUGGGUGCUUCCUUCAGGCAAAGACAAUCGAUUCUGUUACAGCAGAUUACGGUGAAAGCACAAACUGGGGCAAUGAUGACCCCUCAGUGUUUAUCAUAGAUAACAUAAGUCGUCUACAAGGGGAGUACCAGAUUUGUAAUGGCUAUGGUGCAGAGAAGGCCUCACAGGUGCUUAGGGAACACUGGAGCACAUACAUAGUUGAGAGUGAUUUCAAAUUCAUCUCAUCAAGUGGGCUAAAUGCAGUGAGAAUCCCAGUUGGAUGGUGGAUCGCCAGUGACCCCAAUCCUCCUGCUCCAUUUGUUGGAGGUUCCCUCCAAGCCUUGGAUAACGCAUUCAAAUGGGCAGAGAAGUACAAUAUUGGUGUCAUUGUGGACUUGCAUGCUGCACCUGGGUCACAGAACUAUUGGGCACAUAGCGCCACAAGAGAUGGAUCAGUAGAAUGGGGCACCACUGAUGCAACCGUCACCCAAACUGUGAAAAUCAUUGAUUUCCUCACGUCCAGAUAUGCUAAUAGCCCGAGCUUGCUGGCAGUGGAGCUACUCAACGAGCCAUGGGGGCCAGAUAUACCCCUAAAAACGCUAAUGAAAUAUUAUGAGGAUGCGUACAACGCUGUUAGGAAGUACACUGCAAAGGCCUAUGUGAUCAUGUCAAAUCGGGCAGCAGGGGAGUCCACUGAGCUUCUUGAUUUCGCCAGCAGGUUGCCGGGUACGGUCAUCGAUGUGCACUACUACAACCUGUUCAAUGACACUUUCAGAACGUUUAAUGUAGAGCAAAACAUCGAGUUUGUGAAGAAGAACCUCAAGUCUGAGCUUAGUAGCAUCACGAGGAAAAAUAGCCCUCUCUCGUUUGUUGGGGAAUGGGCAGCAGUGUGGAAGGCACACAGUGCAUCCAAGGAGGACUAUCAAAGGUUUGUGCAAGCACAGCUUGAUGUAUAUGGAGGAGCCACCUUCGGAUGGGCUUACUGGACUAUGAGGGCCGUUCAGAACCAUUGGAGCAUGGAAUGGAUGAUAAAUAACAGAUAUAUCUCACUGAAAAAAUAGAAAUAAUGCCAUAUUUCUGUCCAGUGGGCUAUGCACACCUAAUGUAGAGGCAAGAAGUGUAAGAAUGCUUUUCUAAAAAUAAGUUUCCAUCUGGUUAACUUGAAUUAGAAUAAGUUCGUAGAUCUAUUUAAUGAUGGCAAGCAGACUUAGUUCUGUUGGCCUGGUCGAAGCAUGCAUCCAGAUGCAUGGUGGUAUUUUAAGAUGUACACAUCUGAACAUAAUGAUCCUCUCAUGUGAUUUACUCACUAUGAAAGUGCAUAUUUGAACACAAAAUGUUCAGUUUGUCCAUGAACUAUCCUACCUUUCGCUAAUCGUGGCAUCAAAUCUUAUAUACUCUACUAUGUGUAGUUGGUGCUAAUUCUCUCUUUUAUCAUAGAGGCAUAUCACCCUAAUUGUUUAUAGCUUUUGGAUCAUU